CCUACUGCAUAAAUAUCUUUCCAUUUAUGCAGGUAGAAUGGGUCUAUACAUGAUAUUUUUUAUAGUUGUGAGAAUUGUAAACAGGCACAACCAAAAGGACCUACGGUAUAAUUGCAAAUAGAAGUGGCCUGACGUUUCAACCAGAGCAGUCUUUUCCCGGAGGCUAAUUUCAAAUUAAACACAAAUUAGAAACUGCCACAGCUGUUUUUCUACAGGAUAGAAAGCGGAAGAAGUUUUCCUACAGUUGAACGUGAUUCUCGAACCCAAUGGAUUCUUCGUUGCGGCUGAUGCUACUUGUUAUGGUACUUUCUGCAUGUUUGGGUGGACUUGACGGAUUUGAUUGCUAUUUGUGUGGUUAUGACAACUCUCUACCGGAUAACAUGCCUUCAUGCAAUGAUCCAUUUGAUGUCUCAGACCCAUCUAUCAGUGAAACAGCUAUGCAGUGUGAGGGCGUAUGCUCAAAAUCGUCAGUAAUUAAUGGAAACAUAACAGCAGUUUCCCGAGAAUGUCUGGAAGAUAUCAUACUUUCUGACUGCGACAAUGAAUGCAGUACAAACGAUGAGCUAGGCACCGUUUGUUACCACUGCUGUGACACGGAUCGCUGCAACAGCGCAGACUCAAUGACCUAUGACCUUCUGACGUCAUUCAUCGCAUUUGCAUUUUCUCUUUACUGGACAAUUUCAUAAAUUAUGAUCCACUAUAGAAAGGAGCUGUACAUUGUAUGUAGCGAUGAUUAUAACAAUAGUUUAUAUUUUUGUAUAUUUGUAAUUUUUUUAAACUCUACGCUGGUUCAUAGAAACAAGAUUUAGACCUAAUUAAAGGUUGUUUUUGGCAAACUCCAAUAUUGGGGUUUUGAAGAGAGUUAACAUCAUUUACA